GCCCCACGCAAAAGAUCAAAGAAAUUAAAGCAUCCCUUUUUACGCCUCUCCCUUAAGGUCUGGCACUUGUGCUUUAUUCGCCUGGCACUAUUUCACCUGAUUCGCUAUGUCCGACCGAGAAUUCAACUCAAACGAUGACCUAUCGCUGCCUAAAGCGACGGUCCAGAAGAUUAUUACCGAGAUUCUACCACCUAGCUCCGGCCAAACCUUCUCCAAGGAUGCGCGCGACUUGCUUAUGGAAUGCUGUGUUGAAUUCAUCACCCUGAUCUCCUCCGAAGCAAACGAUAUCAGCGAGAAGGAGGCCAAGAAGACCAUCGCUUGUGAACAUGUGGAGAAGGCGUUACGGGAUCUCGGCUUCAGUGAUUAUAUCGCCGAUGUCCUCGCUGUUGCCGAAGAACACAAACAGCAGCUAAAGUCACGAGAGAAGAAGCAGAGCAAGAUGGAGCAAAGUGGCCUGACAGAGGAGGAGCUUCUAAGACAACAACAGGAGCUAUUCCGAUCAGCGACUGACAAAUACCAUGCGGUCCCAGAAUAGAAUCACCUAAGACUCAUGCUGGUCAUAGAGUGGAAAGGAUGAUGGCGUUUCGUGUGUUCCACCGGAUAUGUGGGUCUGGAGUUUUUUUUCCUGAAUGGUUUCUGAUUUUUUCCCUCCUCUGCUUUGAGAGGAUGCGUUGUGGGCAGGGUAUACUCUCUAAUGAUGCGAAAUCGCACAAUGCAUUAGUCAAUU